AUGAACAAAACUGCUGAAGAGAUCGUCGAGAGCCGAAGAUGCGCUUCCGAAGGUCUCACCAAUGCAUUGACCUCGAUUACAGUGAAAAUGAGCUCUGUACUCGUUGUGACAGUAAUCCUCCUAAGCUACUAUUUUGCUCGGUUGGCAAUUCGAACUCUUUGGAAAAAUAAUAUAUUUUCAAAUUCAACAAGGCUUAUUCUGCUCGUUUGUUUAUUGAAUUCAAUAAUUCAUCAGACAACGAUGUUGGAAAUACGGAUCCGCCAGAUAUACCGAAGUAUAGUUUUUGCAUCCGAGCCUUGCCGCUUACCAUUCCACUUCACGGAAUGUGAAGUUGAACUAUUUGUAUACUACCUGACCACAUAUUUCUCGACCUACUCAGUAUUUUCAUUGGCUUUUGACAGACUGAUAUCUUGCUACACUCCAAAAUACUACCUAUCUCAUCAGUACUACGUCUCCAUUUUCCUGCUUUUCAUCCAACUCAUUUUCACACUCGGCACGUAUUAUGUUGGAUUAUAUGGAGUUCCACCACUUGGCUAUGAACCAUUUUGCAAUUAUGCCCCAAAACUCGCAACUAAUUUCGUGAAAAUCAAUGAUUUUCGCACUCUGAUCAUGGGUAUCUGCAUUAUAGUCACUGUAUUUGUCUACUACCUCAGCGUGAAGUCCGAGAAACAAAUCCAGCAGACUAGUUAUUCACCUGGAGAACGAUACAUAGCUUAUGAGAAUGUUGCGGCAUCUCAAUCAGUGUGUAUAUUGAUUGUUCUACAGUUCGCCUGCAUUCUGAUUUCUUCACUUGGCGUUAAUUAUUUGAGAAUAUUCAAAAGUACAUUGUCGGAUGAGGAGUACAAUAAACUUGCUCCAUUUUUCGUGGGAGUGACCUAUGCGAAUCUAUGCCUUCCACUUGUCAUUCACUGCAAAACAAAACUGACAAUUCGAAAUAGGAAACUUCGGAUUGGAGUGAUGACGUCAAUGUAUGGAGAUGUUGGAGAGCAUAUCAAUCGGCUUAAGAAGAGCUGGGAAUAA